AUGGCGAACCCCUUGGGAGGCCUGCUUUUGCGCCUCGCGGCGCUGCUUUUCUUCUUCCGCAGCUGCCAGGCCAAAACUGUCACCUAUGAUUUCAACGUCACCUGGGUUAUUGCCAACCCGGAUGGUCUGUUCGACCGAAAGGUCGUCGGCAUCAACGGGCAGUGGCCCCUGCCUACCAUUGAGGUGGACAAGGGUGACCAGCUCGUCGUGAACAUGUAUAACGGUCUUGGGGACAAGAGUACCUCCAUUCACUUCCACGGGAUGUUUCAGAAUGGCACCAACAACAUGGAUGGCCCUUCUAUGGUCACCCAGUGUCCCAUCCCGCCGGGUAACUCCUUCACCUAUAAUUUCACCGUCAACCAAAAUGGAACCUACUGGUACCACUGCCAUACCGACUAUUGCUACCCGGAUGGCUACCGGCAAGCGUUGAUCGUUCAUGACACUGAAUCGUACUUCCACGAUAUGUACGAUGAAGAGUUUGUGCUCACGAUGAGUGAUUGGUACCAUACCUUGGUCGAGGACAUUGCUCCGCACUUUAUUACUCUCGCGAACCCGACGGGCGCUGAGCCUAUUCCGCAAGCAUUCCUGGUCAACGAUACGAUGAAUACCAGUAUACCUGUGAAGCCAGGGAAGACCUACUUGCUAAGGUUGAUCAAUGUGAGCGCCUUCGUCGCCCAGUACUUCUAUAUCGAGGAUCACACGUUCAAGAUCGUCGAGAUUGACGGGGUCUACGUUGACGCCGCCGAAGCCGACACGCUAUACCUUGGCGUUGCUCAGCGGUACUCAAUUCUCGUCACGAUGAAGAAUUCCACGGAAAAGAAUUACCCCAUCGUGACAGUCGCAGACUCCGUGCUUCUGGAUGUUAUUCCCUCCGACCUUCAGCUAAACUAUACCAAUUGGCUGGAAUAUAACGCGGAUGCCGCACACCCACAAGCCGUGAUGACCGUGGACACAUCAUCCGACCUCGUCCCAUUCGACGACAUCACCCUCGUCCCCCACGACAGAAUGGAACUCCUCCCCGACGCCGACCUGACCGUCGAGCUGACAGUGAUGAUGGCAGACCUCGACAACGGCGCCAGCUACGCGUUCUUCAACAACAUCUCUUACACCAAACCAAAGGUCCCCACUCUCUACACCGUGAUGUCGUCCGGGAAUCUCUCCACCAACGCCGAGAUCUACGGAGAGUUCACGCAUUCCGUGGUCCUAGGACACAACCAAAUCGUCGACGUCGUCCUGAACAACGGCGACACGGGCUCGCACCCGUUCCAUCUUCACGGACACAACUUCCAGCUCCUCCAUCGCGAGCCGUCAUACGGGGCACACUUCUACGAUUACGCAAGCGCGAGUACCCCCCCGCUCACCUACGAUCCAUCUGACCAUGCUGCAUUCCCUCCAUACCCAGCCCGUCGUGACACAUUCGUCGCCCCGCCGCACGGUAACUUCGUCAUCCGCUUCGUGGCCGAUAACCCGGGUGUCUGGUUCUUCCACUGCCACAUCGACUGGCACUUGGCACAGGGACUGGGAAUGUUGAUGAUCGAAGCUCCUACGCAAAUGCAAGAGCGGAUGACUAUUCCAGAAGGCGCAUACGAUACUUGCAGGGCUGCUGGUGUGGCCUACGAGGGUAAUGCGGCAGCCAACACGGAGGACUUCCUCGACCUUAGCGGACAGAACAAGCAGGUCGCCUGGCUACCCGCUGGCUUCACUGCCAAGGGUAUUGUGGCGAUGGUGUUCUCGUGCGUGUCUGCCUUCUUGGGAAUGGCGUUUAUUUCCUUCUACGGAGCUACGGGCAUCCAGUCUAAGAAACCAGAGGCAGAAGGGGAAAAUCAGGAGGGGUCGGCUCCGACGGAUAGCCAACGGCUGAGUCUGUAG